AUGGGCUCUAUCCCAAGCGAGAUACCUUGCGAGGUUGACAUAUCUGUUGCCUUGGCCGCGUGCGACCUUCCAAGCGUGAAUCAACACGUGAAGAAUAUUGCCAAUCUUACCAGCGCAGUUGCUGGGGGUGAUAACACUGCACGCCUGAGCAUGCUGCAGAGCGCUCAUUUGUUGGUACAUGCAUUGGAGACACCGCGGGAGACCAUGAUCAAGCACUGCUGGGCGCAAAGCAAAAAGUCUCAAAACGUGUCUGAUCUAGCUCUGAAAUUAGGACACGAUCCUGCCCUAUUGGGACGAAUAAUGCGACAUUUCGGCGCGAUGCUUUACAUCACUGAGACUGGAUCAGACGAAUACAAGUCAACAAACUUCUCAGAUGCGCUCACAAUCACCAGCAUGGGCGCUGGCUACCCGUGUGUCGCCGGAGCCUGUAUGGAGUCCCUAGCCAAAUUCCACGAGUUCGCUAAGAAGACCAACUAUCGCGAGCCCAAAGAUGUGUUCAACGGACCCCUACAAUACGGAUACAACACCAAACUCGACUGCUUCAGCUGGCUCGCAGCAAGCCAUCCUUACGAGAUGCAAUUCGCACAGCACAUGGGCACAUACCGGCAAGGCCGACCAAGCUGGAUGGAUGAAGGCAUUUACCCCGUGAAACACCGGUUGCUCGACGGCUUUGACGACUCUCGAGAUGACGUGCUCCUUGUUGACGUCGGAGGAAGCUUUGGCCAUGACAUUGAUGAGUUCCGGAGAAAGCAUCCCGAGGCUCCUGGUAGGCUUGUGGUCCAGGAUCUUCCAACCGUUAUCAAUCAGAUUGAGAAACUGGACGAAAAGAUCGAGAGGAUGGGACAUGACUUCUUCACUGAGCAGCCGAUCAAAGGUGCCCGAGCCUAUUACAUGCAUUCGGUCCUUCAUGACUGGCCGGACAAAAAGUGUGGAGAGAUUCUUGCGCGGACUACAGCUGCGAUGAAGCCUGGAUACAGCAGGUUGUUGGUUAAUGAGAACUGCAUCCCCGACACCGGUGCCGACUGGCAGAACACUGGCCAGGAUAUCAUGAUGUUGACGCUAGUCAGUAGCAAGGAGCGUACUCGGGUGGAGUGGCAGAGUCUCCUAGAGAAGGCUGGUUUGAGAAUCUUAGGUAUUUAUGGUGGCGGCAAUGGCGUCGAAAGUUUGAUAGAAUGUGAGUUAGCGUAG